AGUGGACCAUAAAGCCCAAUUAUUUUAACCAUAAACAGAACCGUUAGCAGAGUGUCUCUCUGAAGACAGAAGAAGACCAACACAACAAUGUCGGCUCUGCAUCGAGCAAUUCAGAGGAUACACACCAUCGCCGAUGCUCCACGCCUCACAAGAUUCUAUCUUAACCCACCCAAGACUGUAGAGGUAGAAUUUGCCAAUGGUAGCAAGUUUAAUUUGUCAGCUGAAUUUUUGAGAGUUUAUAGCCCUGCUGCAGAUGGCAAGAUUCGUUCAGUUGGAGGUGAGAAGGUAAUUAUCAUGACUGUUUUUUUCUUCUUUUUGAUGAGCACUAUUCCAGAAUGUUGUUUUCUUUUUGGCGCUAUUUCUUUCCAUAUUGCACUGACCUUUCUUCUUCUUCUAUCCUUCUUGAGAUAUACUGACUCAUUUUUAAAUGACCAAUUGAAAUAAUGUCAGACUAUAUUUUCAUGCAUUUGUACUUCAUGUUCCAUGAAUUGGUCCUUUAUUUUUGAUUGCUUAAUCAGGUGAUAUUUGGCAGACGCCACGUGGGGAUAAUGUCUGCAGAACCAGUGGGGAAUUAUGGGGUAAGGUAGCUUCAACCUUGGAAUUUAAGCUCUGCAUUUGACCUUCUUAAAUCCAUUCAUAAAGCUACAUAAUUAUACAAUACAUUUGCUGUUUAUUUCAUCACGCUCUCUCUUUGGGUGGAUUCUUCAGGCUAGCUUUUGAUGACUUGCAUAAAACUGGGAUCUAUUCUUGGGACUAUUUUUAUCAUCUGGGGACCAACAAGUUCACGCUCAUGCGGAACUAUAUCAAAACACUGAAGAAGCAUGGACUCAGCCGGGAUCCAACUAAAAGAAAAUGAGUCUAACUUUGUUCUGAUUAUCCCGAUAUGUUCUUCCAUGGCACAGACUUACGCAGCGAGCCUUGUGUCUUUAAAGGAUGACUCAAGUACUGUUUCUGUUUAUGGGGCAUCAAGGUAGUUUAGUUGCAAUCGCAAGUCAUCUGUUCACCACUGAAAUUCUGAGGGAGUAUAAUAUAGGACAAGAAUGCAAUGCAAUUUGUUCUCCAAGUUUUUUUCUUUUUCUUUCUUUUUUGGGGUGGAGGGGGGUAGUACAAUUCAUUUUCUUAAUUAUGUGCCGAAUUUUUUUUUUUAUCUUGAUUAUAUAAUAUGAGAUAAUCAUUUCUCAUUUUGUAUUUCACUACAUUUGCAUGUAAUGCAAUUUAAAUUCAG